UCAGAAAAUUCAGGCGCAGAAUCACGCUCCACCAAGCUCCCGAUUACUUACGUACCGUCUCGAUUUUUCGGCUUUUAUUUCGCAAAACGUCUAGAAAUUCGAGCGUAAUUCGAUUGAAAAUAUGAUCUGCUUUUGAGGGAAAGCCUCUUUGUAACAAUGGGUUUGUGAAUUAUUUUAUUCAUCUGUAUGCUGUUAAGAAAUUUUGCUAAUCAUUAGAUUUGUUGUGAACAGUCUUAAUCUUUUAUUUAAACAUAAAACUUCUCAAAAUGGCAUCUAAAGUAUUAGUUAAAUUACCGACAGUGUCUUUUCCACAAGAUAAAAAGCCACCAUCAGACAUAGUAACAUUACCGGAAAGAAAUGAAAAUUUAAAUCAAACUGUAAGACAUCAAAGCAUCAAUGUUGAUAGAGUUGCUCAGCUUGAGCAAAAUAUGAAAUUUCUACAGGAGCAACAUCAAGCGACGCUAGUUGCUUUACACCAAGAAGUAGAUUCAUUACGUCAAAAGAAUAGAGAUCUACAGUUUCAAUUAGUAUUUUCAAAAGGAUCAACUUGCGUAGCUAGUACUCCUUCUUCCCCUGAAGAUAAUGGAACUGGGUUCAUGAAAGCAAAGGGUAGCCCAGUGUGUGUAAACAUUUCAUCAUUACAGGUGGAACUUUUAGAGAAAGAUCUACAAGAUACUAAGACAUCGUUACAAGAGGCUAAAAAUCAGAACCAAUAUUUAUCUGAGAUCAUUGAACAACAAAAUAAAAAAUUACAAUCCAUUGAAGAAGAAACGGUAAAUAAACAAUCAUCGAUGAUAGACAUAGGAAUACAAGUGGAAAACGAAGUUGACCCAGCUCGAGCUGAAUUAGUUUCGCGUUUAGAAGUUACAGAAGCGCUUGUAAAACGGUUGCGUAAACGGAACCAGGAUCAACGGAAAGAAAUUGGAACGUUACAGGAAUCAUCGGCAAAUACAAGCGGUAAUAAAGGAGCCCGAUCUCGGGACAGUCAUCGUAGCCAUCGUAGCCGCGGAUCACCUACUAGUACCGCGCAAGAACAAGCUCCUAAUAAAUUUCCACCAUUACAGAGCCAAAGUUACUGGCAUCGUAGAACACUUAGGAAUGGAAGGAAUCGACACGACAAACAAGAUCAUCAAUCGGAAGUAGAUUCUACCGUAUUACCGCAACUUCUAAACGGUAACAUGAAAUCAGACACAAUGAUUUUCGAGUCUCCAUUUUAUCGGUCUCGAGGAUAUCGUAAUUAUUACCGCGAUGAGAGCAAUCGAAAAUAUAGGGGUCAAAGUUCUCAAAAAGAUCGUAGAGAUAGCGACAACUAUCAUCAUCGACGAGAUUUUAAGGAUAGAAGUUCGAAGGUUCAUCAAAAAGAACUUGCAGACUCAACGGAAGGAUCGACGGAAGCUGAUAAUUCUACCGGUAGUAAAUCAUAAAGUAGAAGCAAUCUGCUAACUGCAUCCUAGACAAAUAGCAGAUUUUCUGUUCUCUACUUACAGGAAAUUACAAAUGACUAAGUAUUAUUAAAAAAGACUCUGGCAGUGCUGUAUUAAUUAAUAAGAAAUGAUCUACGUUUUCUUAUAUUCGCUUUAAUAAGAUAGAUAUCGUCAGCUAACUACAUAUAACUUGCUGUAGAUUAGUCAUAACAUCGGGUUGAGAUUAUACAAUUUUCAGUGUAAAAAUCUAGUCCAAUUUUACUCAUAUAGAUGUCUUAGUAUACAAGUAGAGGUUUCAUGCUUUAUCAAUUAAUAACAAUUAUAUAGUUACUUGUGCUUCUGCAAGACAAACGAAAAUAUGUGAUUAUUCCAUUUUUAUCAGAAGGAGCACAUAAUAAACAAGUAUCUUCCUUCUUGAUAAAAUAAAUGAUGUCAAGUAUGGUAAUAAUGGUAUUUAUGAUGACAGUUACGAUAAGAAUAAUGAUCAUGAUGAUAAUAACAACAGUGGUAACAGUAGUAAUAUUAGAAAACAAAAAUAAUAGAGAUAUGACCAAUAUUUAUACGAUGCUUGUUUCUCAAACUUAAAAUGACCGAAGCUUAAGCUUAAUAUGCAUGUAUGUUUCGAUAUUGUGUAUGUAUGUAUGUACGUGUUUUACACUUUUCCUUUCAGAAUAUCGAAUAAUUAGCCAUACCGAUUAAAUAUUGUUUAUACAAUAAUUUGGUGCAGUUCUGUUUUAAAAAGGAGGCAACAUAUUGAGGAACUGUUCAGAUCAAGUGUAUAUAGCAUGUGUAUUUUUUUAUAUUUUUUAUUGAGUUUAAGUAAUCAUCUAACUACCUAUACAUUGUGUUUCAUAUGACAAGCGUGAGUUAUGAACAGAAAACAUAACUUUCCAUAUAAUUAUAUUUAAGUAUUAUUUAUUGUAAUUGUAAAAAGCUAUUAAACGUACCUUUCUGUUUUCCAUUCA